GUCUGAGGCUUGGAUCUUUCAUUACUAGUUGCACGAGUGCCAAGUCCGUGAGCUGACACCUAGGAUUUGCAUCAAGUCGAAUUCACUCUGGUCUGUUCGUCUGAUCCACAACCCGGUGAUGUCUUAGUCUGGUUUGUAUAUCGUUACAUCUUUACUUCUCAGUGGCGUCGAGAGACAAUAUACCGGGCAAGCACCUCCAUGCACUGUUUUGGUGUACCUAAAGCCACCGCGCUCAUGGGAAGCCGUCGAAAUGUCUAUAAAUAUUUGCUCUGUCUCUUCAACACUUGCUCGGUUACAAAUUCAACGCUCUUCCUCAGGGGCACACCCAUCUCGCUAUUGUCAAGAUGCCUCGAAGUUGGCGCACUAAGCUCUCCCUUGCUACAGAAAUGGACUCGCAAUCCGAGAUAGCAGCCUAUCCCGCUCUCGCGGACAUAUUCGACUCUCUCAGUCUCGAUAAUGUGCCUUCAGAUUCUGUAUGGCACAAAUUACCGAACUCUUCCCGACAAGAUGUGUUGGAUACACGCCUAAUGUUGAUGAAGAUCGGGCAGACGCAAUAUCGUGAGAAAGGGCAUACUCAGGAAGAGUCCAAAGCAAUGGAGGAGUCGCUCGCAAAUUCACUCGCAGCUGUUAACAUCAACUCUGAAUUGAAUUCAGCACUGGAGAGUUCUGCAUCGGGUGAGCCCUUCACGAGUAAGUCCGAGCCGCAGUAUGGUAAGGCUAAAAAAUUAGCGUUUGCUGUUGGGUCCGUUCAUCACUGGUCGUUUCUCUACAGACACGCGGGCGCUAACGGGCAACGUUCUGAAGCCAGAAAAUCAUCCUUUCCCUGGAGAUUUCGUUUCAAAGUCGAGUUCUGAGAGGAGAGGCAGCCAAACCUGACGAAGCAGAACUUAUCAUCCCUACC